UACAGGACUUUGCAUAAAUUGUCAGGAAUUGGCGCCUUCGGGUUUCUUUUUGUGAAGCAGUCGCAAAUAUAAGUGGUUAAUAGCUCCAAUCACAAUUGUUAUAGUUCGACGUGUAUAUCGAGAUAAAGCAUAUAAUGAGAAUAUCAGUGUGAUCUGUACACGUAAAUAGAAAAUAUAUUAGAGUUAUUUUAUCACAACAACAGGUAAUUUAGAACAAGAGGCAUACGUAAGUGACAGUGUAUUUGUGAGUGAUAAUCAGAGCCAAGCUUUUAUCCUCUUUUCUGUUUCGAAUCAUAGGUCGUGCCUUCAAAUAAUCAGGAAAGCCUAACUACUACACAGAUGAAGAUCUAAAGGAACAAACACUUCGAUAUUUCAGCUGAGCGAAACUUGGCAUUUGAAUUAUUGUGUGAUAGUUUCACGCUACAUAAUUGAGCAUUUCAACGAUACGCGCAAAUAUUUGAGUCCUUUUGGCAGACAGGCUUCACGCUAUUUUGCAUGCUCAACUAGUACACAAAGUACUUUCUGACUUGACACGAACCGCUACAGUUGUAUGCCAUGGAACCUCCACAUAUGCUUAUCCCAAGCCCAAUAUUUCAUAAAAGAAACAGAACCAUGUCUCAAUCAGAAGGUGCCUCUAAAGGAGAGCAUGGUAUUGGAAAAAUAAUUAGCUUUUGUCGUGAUAAAGGACACGGUUUUAUUAAACCUGAUAACAGUGAUGAUUGUAUUUUCGUGCAUGUUUUUGAUAUCGACGGUGAAUACGUGCCUAUCGAGGGAGACGUUGUGGAAUAUCGUAAGAUGCUCAUCCCUCCGAAGAAUGAAAAGUACCAAGCAGUUCACGUUAGAAUAGUCAACCUUAGUCCAGAAAAGCAUAAAACCUGGGAUGAACCAGCCUAGUUCUACUUUUAAUUCAAAUAACUGACAUCUUGGUUGGUAUUUCCAAAAACCGGUUAUAUAUAUAUAUAUAUAAUCAAUAUUGUAAAUAGUCCAACCAUCAAUUUUCACCAAAAACUUAGUUUUUUCAAGCCUAGGAGGUAUAAGGUGUAAAGAUUCAGAAUGUAUUGCGUGAGAUGUCAGUUUAUUUCUGUCAAUGUGGUUCGAACCACUCCGGAAACUGCAAACUUGCUUAUGUUACUCCCAUUAAAGCUAGAAAACCGAAGGAUUCCCGAACCUCUGUUUAAAUGUGUCAAAGACUUGCUGAUAGCCUAUCGGCAGAAAGUAGAAAUAAGUUCUUCAUGCUCUUCGUGAAAAUCAGUACCUAGCAAAGUUAUGUUUGGCGCAUGUUAUCUAAUCUGUGUUACCUUACAUUAUGUCAAAGUCUGGUCAAUAUUAACAUGGAGUGACAUUGCAUGUUCAUCCCGAACUUGCCUUAGACGUUCUGGAAAAAUGAUCUAAAUUGGGGUCAAUACUUAUGGUUGUGUGAAAGUCAUGACAUUGUCAGUCCUCUUAAUCUUGUCGAGCGGGGGUAUGACCGAUUAUUAAGAUAAUGAGCCAUAUACGUGUGACUACGACUUGUUAACGUGCUGUUGCGACUAGAGUUCUGAUCCUCAUGAGCGUUUAGUCGAGCAUUUACCGACCUGGAUACAAGCAUAUAUACAGGCCUAUUGAGAUUUAAACUAGGAACCACGCCGCCAGCCCCAAUUUAGAGUUACACACCUUUGAAAAUGGGCGGAUGACUAUUUCCAUCCAUAUAUAAUGUGGCUUGAGAAGUUUUACCUCUUUACUCUCUUACGCCGGAUUAAGUAGUGAAAUAACUUCAAUAAAUUGUGUACUUGGAAGUAAUUUUGGUCGUAUGUCUCUUCCAGCUAGGUCGGGACGACUUAUAAGACUGAAAGCGAGUUUGAAAAUGAAAAGCGAACGCGGAACCUUUGUCGUGUAGGUCUUCUCAUCGAGUAAUCACCUGAGCACCUAGUAUCCGCGUCUUACAAUUGACUCUGAAGAUUCGACACCAAAGGUUACUGAGGAAGUCUGUCGGCUUUAUUCCUCAAUAAAAAAUUGUCAAUAUUCCUGGGGGGGGGAAACGACGUACUGAUUAUUUAUCAAAGUGUGCAUCUGGAUAGUGAGUAGUUUCUCCUGAUUGUAGUUAAGUAUUGUUCUCGCUACGUUGUUUUUCGCCUAAAGAUGGUUUUUGAAUAUCAGUUUUACGUCAUUUAGUUAGAAUCCGUUCACGGAAAUGGGCCUCAUUUCCACCAGUGAAUGUGGAUGUUCGCUAAAAGUCAAUCUUCUGUCAAGUAUCUAUUAGGAUUCUAAAGGAAAGAUUUACUUCUGUGCUCGGAAUUUCACGAAUUGCCCACACACGUACUGAGUAGCUGUGAGCCAAUCGUUUAGACGUUUGAAUCUAAACCAUUUAGUUCCAGGCUCAUGACUUCCCAACUAUUCCCACAGACUGAACACUUGCAGUCAAAAGAGAAGUCUAGUUUGAAUUUGGUCGUAAGAGCCACCUGGUUUCUAAUGUAAAUUCAACUAGAUACAGAUACGUGGAAAUAACUAUUCUCGCGAGGGUCGGAUGCUGAUCUUUGUUGGACAGUUGGAUAAAUGUUUAUGCCUCUGGAACUUCUACUACAUAUAACAAGAGACACAUUAGGGUCCCAAUAAAUUUUAAUAAGGAAUAGAGGAUGUGCAUUAUUGCAAGAGGCAUAUUAUUAAAUGGGCUAUAACAACUGCAGAAUAUAUCCUCAAGCAAUUAUAAUAUAUUGAUAUAAGGACACAAGGGGUGGAAAAUAAGAGGAACAAGCUUUAUGAUGCACUAUGAUGAUAACUGCUAUCAUUAUGUACUUCAAGAAUUUGCUUAAACUUCGUCAUUGCUAACCUGCUGUUUGUUGAUGUAAAUAAACGUUAUCAUUGGGGACGAUUUAAAAUUCGAUCAAACGUCAAGAGCCUUAAUCAAGAAAAUACUUUUCGCGUGAGACUUUGCCAGUUCUGAAAAAAAUACAUGGCACAGUCAGUCAAAUGCACCGAUUAACCUAGCACAUAUGCAGUGGUUCGAGUUGCCAUGCCACGUUAAGACAGUGAGAUGAAAUUAGCAAGUCAAAUUAGUAAUAUCGGUUAUACAGAAAAGGUCAAGAUUUAGUGACUUGGGUUCUAAGGGUUGACGAGGUUGAUCAGUGUAAUCCUUGCCGCUUAAUCUCCACUUACCUACACGGCUCACUCCAGUUGUCAAUGAUUUAACGAGUUGACAACACAUCUUGUUUUGGUCGCUCCUAACCUAUUCCACUCGACAGUGUUACUCGGGAAAGCAGGCGUUGGUUUGGCAUAGGCAAUACAUGUUCCGACCAUGGUAGUUGGUGACUGUCCGCCGCCUCACCCAUCAACUAGUUAUCUUAACCCCGACAGUGUUUAUUCCUUGGUCCCCCAAGAAAAACACGAGUAGUGCUUCAAAUGCUAGUGACCUACGUAUAUCUGCUAUUCUUAAUGAUCAUGGUUCACAGUCAUGAAGUAAGGAGUCGAACUGCUGCUGAAUAAACAUCCUCUCGUCUAUGCCAAAGGUGACGUAAGUUGGCAGCGAACUAAGCUUACUGAAUUCGCACUAAGAUUUCCUUGAACACCAACCCAUCAGGGAUGGUAAAACUCUCAGGAUAAUCAUACAAUCCAUGGUGAAUUUAAACAUAUCAUCUGAUGAAUGUUUAGACCAGUCAGCUAUGCAAGCAACUGCUAGCAGCCGCAGACCUAAAUUUAGUCAUACAGUGUAUGAGCUACCGGUCCUUUGGAGACAGCGUCUGAAUGAUUUGGCGAGCGAUAGACAGAAAUCAUUUAGUAAUAGGACGUUAUUCACUGUUAUUUUUCUUGCUACAGUUCAGUCAUAAUUACGCGACAAACAAUUCUGAGGUUACACGUGUAAAUUAAAAUGACUGAAAAUAUGCUACUAAGGAAUAAAGCAUUUUUGAUAGCAGAUAUAUCCCACCAGAACUUUAGUAGUCAAGUCUAAGGUAAAUGUUUUAGAUUAAUGAAGUUUUAUUAACAUUGGGAUCAUGGACCGAUCUAAGGUAGAUUGAAUGAUCAGUAUUGGGUUUGAACAAGGAUCUAGCUAAGUUGUAAUAGAAAACUUUGGGGAAAUGGGACAACGACCCCAUAAUCGCGAGGCUGGGUAGUUUUCUUGAAUAGCACACAGCUCGUAACCGUGGCUGUGUUUUCUCCUGCACCUGUCCAGAUGCUUCGUUGUUUACGGCAAAUGUGUCGAAGUGGUCACACAGACAGGUGGCUAUGUUACCACAACCCAGAAGCCUAGUUUGUAAACCUAAAGCGUGAAGCCACGAUGGGGAAGUUAUCUUUGUGACAACAUAUUGUCGAUCUAUGCAACAUUUCCCUCUGAAAUCGACUUCAUAAUGAAGAGUUACUAUUCAGGAUUUCGGUAGAACCUAACACUGGUUGCUAUUACAUAAGCUAAUAUGUCGAGAUUUCUUUUGAUAUCGUGAGGAACUAUCUGCAUUGAUUGUCAGGCAUAGGAUAGUAUGAUGGAUAAUACUAGUUCAACCUUGAUUUGAGUGCUCCUAUAUUCAGUCAGUCAGCUACAACGUAGGAUCAGGCACAUAUGUGCAUCGUUUCGAGUUGCCAUACCUCAUUAACACAACAAGAUGAACACCGGAUUCAUAGAAGUAGUUAAUUCAGUGGUGGUAAUAUGUAAAAGAAAGACUGCAUCUAAGGACAUAGUACAGGAAGAAAGAAUUAGUUCGUAGAAUGAAAGUUAUGAAGCGAUUUCAAUCUCAGACAGUGUAUACUCCGACGCCAUUGUGGUCGACUUUGAACCAUAUCACCCAUCCUAUAUUCACGCUACUAUGUAGCAUUCACACAGAAGAUUGCUGUUCUAAAUUCCUGGUCCGAGAUAUCGCUAACUCUUACAGAGAAAGAUGAUAUUCUAUGCCAACAAAAUAGUAACAAAAAGAAUUAUUAGAUGUGGUUUCUCUCAACUCAGUCUUUCAAGUUACUUAGUAGGAUAACGUGGCAGUAUGGAGUGAAUAUACAAAUACGUAGACAGUAUUGGCAAAUCCAUGAAAUUUUUUUUAGUCAAAUAAAAAAAAUAUCUAUGAAGUCGUAUACCUACGGUUUUAUCAGUUUAUUCUGACGGUCAAUUAUUUAUGUUUUUAAAUUACAGGGUUCAAUCUGAGUGACUCCCGAACAUUGUUAAUCCGCUGAUCCAGAAGAGCUAAGUUGUCUUGAAAUUCCAUUUCGUCAAUCACUUGAAGUGGGGAAAUACUGGAAGUUACACUAGAAGAUAAGGAACAUUUAUCAUCAAGCUCUAUGAUUUCUUGGUGAUUAACUAUUUUUCGGAUCUACAAAAUAUAAAAACGCAUUUGUGUAAAAUAUAGGUGUAAUGAGCUGUGUAAUUGUAAGUUUAGUUAGGAAUUAUGUAUAGACAAUAAUAAUUUUUCCGUAUUUUAUAUUCAAGAUAAAUAAAAAUGGCAGUUUUAGAUUUCAAUGGUAAGGCUUUUUACAAUUAUCAGUGUUGCACCUCAUGAUUGUACUCGUUGUAUUUGGCUGGAAUUAUAAAUAAGUUAGUGUCUGUGUGUAGUUAUUAGUAUAGCGUUUGUCGAAAAUUCGUUUACUAAUCACUCCUCUAAACGGGGCUUUUUCUUGCACCUUUGGUAAAGGUGUUUUAGAAUCUCAUUUGAGACAGGGUAUUAUGCACAGUAACUUUAAAUGACAGAAUUAGACUUAAUAAUCGAUGUUAAUGCUAUGAUCAUUUUAUUAAUGGUUCUUUCGUUGAGAAUUCUUUGAAAAAUUAUUUUCGAUUCUUUAAAAAAACAAAAACUACGUGGAAAAUUUAACGUUGUUAUUCAUGAAGAACAAUUAAAAUGUUUCAUUAAGACACAAAUGUAUUUUUUAUGGUAUAAUCUGAAUGAAAACAAAAGGAACAUAUAUUAUUCUUUCAUUAGAAUUGAAAAUUGCCAUAAAUUGUUGAAUUCUUAGUUAUUCCAAUCUGAAUUCAUGAUGAAUGAACCCCAAAAUAUAAAUCUUCUGUUUAACUCCAUGCAAACAAGCCCAUUGGCGAUAAAAGCCACCGAUGAAUUGAGUUAGAAAAGUUCACUUACUCAGACAAGUGGAGAUGCGCAUAAUGGACAAAAUCUCAGUCUACAAAAUUUAACUAAAAGUUGACUUAACAUAUGUAGAAAUGAAGGACACACUGAGCCAUAUAAAUACAUAGGAACUAGCAUAGACAAGCAUUAAUAAAGUAUGCUCAAGAUUACAUAUAAGUGUUUGGCAAGGGCAAAAUAUGAGUGACAGCGUGUAUAUAUCUUUCCAAAAUUAGUACGAAUAUGGGAAUCUUUUUUAGGAACACAUCGUGCAGAAUCUUAAUGUAUAGUUGGGGUAUGUGUUGCUAAGAUAUUAGACAGUAUUGUAAUGAGCGUCCGACUCUUAGUUCAAAUAGAUUCUGUUGUAUUUCAAUUAUAGUAAUUUGCCAAAGCCAACUCAGCGUCAUAAAACUGUCAGAAAACGAAAGUUAGAACAAAUUCAAUUAUGGUCUGAAGAUGUUGAGUUUUUAGUUACGGACCAAUUUUGUUAAAAUAGAACACUUCUUAAAAUACUCUCCAAUCUCAAUAAUAAGCACAUUUUCUUAUGACAGAUUUAACUUCAUGAAAUAUUCCUGUUCUAUGAGUAUAUCAGAGUUGCAAAUGUUUGUCGGUAAAUCCACUUUCCGACAAUUUAUUAUUAACGUUGUUAGUGAUCAUUGGGAUGACCAGUCCGUUAACUGACGUCAAUCAAUUAAUUAUCUGACGAUUCUUCAGCAUGUUGACAGGAAAUUUCCUAUUCUCAGUUACUACUGGUAUAAUUUACAUUUGUCGGUGACAUUAACUAUGGAAUACACUACCCCAUUUGAAACUCAAAUCAAUUGCAAUAUGUGCAAACACUGGACUAGUGAGUUACAAUGCUAACAGAUCGUUAAACUGCAAACCACUAUUAUAAUCGUAGGCAAAAUGAAGAUAUAUGGAAAGACUACAUGCUAACAUUCUGAUAAAUUCAUUUAAACCGAUUUUGUACGGAACACCAGACAGCUUUUAGGUUGACAUACAAGAUUAUCAGUAGACGAAUGUAGUUCACUUUAAUUCAUCUUUUGUAAUAAAAUUAGAUUUAUAAAUGCUGACAGAAAAGAUCUCUUAGAGUAUGCGUGUUUUGAGUAACAAAUAUGUUAUUUUACAACACGAUUCAUGCCUUUUGUCAACUCCAGAAUAACUAAUCAUACCAAACUAUACAGAGCAACAUGAAACUCGAUAGCUCUUCCAGACUAUACAUGGUUAAAUAUUACCACUAGAAGAAAAGACAACCAUCCAUUAUAAAAUGCAAUGCGAGUAUGGUAGUUGAUUUUGAAAGAGCGGAUGGCAAGUAAUUAAAACACUCAGUUAUCAACAAUUAAAUUUGAGAAACCUGAAAUCACUACUAUUCAUACAUAAAGAAGUUACGGCUUAAGGUCGAGUACAAAAAUUUGUACUCACAAUACACUAUUAAUGAUUUAUCUUACUUUAAAUUAUUGAAGCUAUUAUAUAUAUAUUCCAAGAAAAAUAAAAUGAAAUUUAAUGUAAUAAAGGAAACAAUGAGAACAUUUACGUCGUUUGAACUUGAAGCCGUUGAAUGCACCGAAAUACAAUCACCUUCAUAUAAAUUGUCAAGACUGGUUGUAUUUUGUAGUUGGUUCGUGCCGCAACUGUUAGUAAUAAAUAUGAAGAUUUUACUCGAAUAAUUUGAAAAAAGAUUGCUGUUUCGUGUGAAAUAAAAUCAUUCGAAAGUUUAAAAUAAAAGAGGAAAGUCUGAACGCCUUCAUAUUAGAAUAGGACAUUCAUUUCUUCUAGCUGAACCACUUUAAAUCAGAGGUGGGCAAAAUAUAAAAUUAUGCGUCAAAGCAGCUAGAAGGGAUUAUUUAUAUGAAAAGUUUGUGCCCAUCAAUUAUAGACGUGAAAAACGUUAUUGUUAUGUCAUGCGGCGUCCAAGCGUGAUACUGAUACACGAAAUUCUUUUAUACAAGCCCUCAACGAGCUGCUGAGUGAGAAAACUAAAAGUAAAUGAGGGAGUUUAUUGGAGUAAACCAAAUGAAAUACAUAAGGACUCAUUUAUAUAAACAUAUCUACUCAGUGAAUCCGAUUCUUGGCCAACAACAUGCGCUUGUCAUUAGGAGAUUUUUGAUUGGCACAACACAGCCUUCUCAUUCAGCGUAUGUUGAUUAGCCCACUGGCUGAAAGUGUUGGAAUGGGUGCACAUCAAUUACUAAUUUUAUUGCCUAUGCUUUUAUUUUGAAUGUUCAUAUGAAGGUUGUAUGACCGUUUCCAAUUAAUUUUUAAUUUAUCGUCAAUAGUAUUCUGCACGGUUGAUUGUUAUGCGUCAGAGGUGGGAAAACUAAAGCAUGAAGACCGCAAAUCUUUUUUGAAGUCAUUUGGAAUUAUGCAUAGAAAUGGUCAGAAGUGAAAUCGUACUAAAGAAACAUGGUAUUUAUACUAGAGUUUCAGGAAAUGGUGUUUAAAGUUAAACUUGAUUUACUAACUAAGCAACUUGAGGAAUUUAACUAUAGUCAGUUCCUAACAUUAACCACACAAACGAUUUCAUUGGAAAGUGAUCAGGAAUACAAUUGCCAGAUUUCAGCGCUCAAUUAUAAAUUUCCACGAUGUUUUAAGUAUUUCAAAACACGUGAAUCACAGUGUAAUUUACUGGAUUUUUCAUUUGCUUCUGAUAUUAAUGGAGUUAAUUGUGUUCUUCAGUUGAAGUUAAAAGAUCUACAGGGUGAUAGGAGCCUGAAUGGACGUUACAAAUGUGCAAAAUUGACUAAAUUAUAUACGUAAAGUUAACAGAGGUUAAAUUUUACAACCUGAAAAUUUUUUCACGUGAAAUGUUCUCUCUUUAGGUUGACUUAUAUUUGUGAGCCGGCGUUUUUAUGUAUAAAUUUAAGUAAGUCAAUAUUUUAGAACUGGGAAGGAUAGCUCAGGACAGAGUUGGAUGGAGAGUGCUGGUGGGCGACCUAUGCUCCUUCACGAGAGGUAAAAGACGUAACUAAGUCAGUAUUUAGAUGUUCCUUUUUCAUCUGAUGAUGGUCUGUUAAAAAUAGUGAAUAAGCAACUACUGGGAAUAAUAUUUUAUGUUCGUAUUUUCUUUCCACUUUGUAAAUCACUGAGCAAAAAGUGAUCAAUUAGUUAAAGAAGUCAGCCUAUUUUCGUUAUAGGUGGUGGGGAGUCAAGUUUUAUAUGCUGGAUAUAGUCGACCUGAAAGUGCAUGUUAUUCUCAACAAAACAUGUGGUCAGAUAGAUAAGAA